AUGGCUGAUUGCAUAUUAUCAUCAUUAGGUCAUAUUGAUCAUCAAUAUUCUUUCAAGAAAGUUGAUGAUGAUUUUUUCAACAUCAACAAAUUACCAUGCCUAAAAAUGGUGGCUGCAUCUCUAUACAUACCCAAAAAUAACCCAAAGAAACCGUUAGGCGAAGAUGCACACUUCAUCUAUGAAUCAUACCAAACUAUUGGUGUCGCUGAUGGCGUUGGUGGUUGGGCUAAAAUGGGAAUAGAUGCUGGAAUUUACGCGAGAAAGCUCAUGAGAAAUUCACUUAUCGCUACAAAUAACGAACCAAAGGGUCACGUGAACCCUAAAAGGGUUCUUCAAGAAGCUUACAAAAAUACAAGUUUUGAAGGAUCGUCUACGGCUUGUAUUAUAACUUUAGACAAGGAAAAAAAUACUGUGUAUGCUGCUAAUGUUGGUGAUAGUGGAUUUUUCCUAAUCAGAAAGGGAAAAGUUAUAUACAAAUCGCCGAUACAACAAAGGGGAUUUGGGUGUCCGUAUCAAUUGGGAAAGUGCAAGGAUAAUCCUAGUGUUGCUCAUGAGAUGGAAUUAAUCGUCGAGAAAGAUGAUAUUUUGAUCGUUGGGACGGAUGGGAUGCUUGAUAAUAUGAAUGAAAGUGAGAUUGAGAAAAUUGUUCGAAAAGGGAUUGAUCGAAAGUUAAAAGCAGAGGAGUUGGUUAGAAAAAUUGGAAAGGCUGCAUUGUAUAACUCAUUUAAUAGAUUUGCAGAUACACCAUAUGCAAGAGCAGCUAAGAGGGAAGGCCUUAGUCAAACACACAAAGGAGGAAAAAUUGAUGACAUUACUGUUAUUGUAGCUUAUAUCAAUUAA